UUCUUCAUAACCGAACAGAGCCGAUACCAAAUACAAUUAAAUAUAUAAAUACAAAAUAAUUGAGCUCCUAAUCGGGGUUACUUUUAUAAAAUAUUUAUUUAUUUAAUUUGUUUGGAAAAUAGAAAUAAAUAAUAAUUAAUAAUAAUAUGGGGAUGUCUGAAAGUAUCAAGGUUAUUGUCUCUCUCUUUCUUGUGGUGUUAUUGGCUCUUGCAGCAACCCAGACAGAGUCAAGAUACAUAAAUUAUCAUGCCCUUCAUGGAGAUCACAGUUUAAUUUGUGAUAAAGCGCACCCAAACACCUGCAAGAAGGAAGAAGCCAAUCCUUAUACUAGAGGAUGCGAGACAAUCGAUCGUUGUCGUGGUCAAUCUCUAGGCCCAAAAAUGUGAAUCGACCAAGUAGAGUACACCACCCUUGGUUAAUUUUACAAAUGAUAUCUCCAUAUUAAUAUCAGAUGAUUAAUUUCAUUCAUUAUUUAUUUAUAAUCUGUAUUGGUUUGUAACUGAUUGUUACCCUAUCAUUUAUGAUAUAAAACAAAUAUAUUUAUGUUAUCUUUUUAUUUUUGAAUAUAUGUUUAAUUUAUUCAAAAGAAAACAAACUUUUUUACCCAAGUGCCACUAAGUUUUGUAAACAAUUAUUCACAAGCUUAAACCAGCUGCGUUCUUGAACUCUCUCGUUUGAUAAAAGGAGAGACACUGAUUGCCGAACAAGUUUCUCCAAAGAUUUGGCAAGAGAUGUCACUGUCGUAAGAGCUGCUCCUUGUCUUCUAUCGUUACGUUCUUUCCAUAGUACAUGAACUGAAGCUUGUAAUACAUACCGUGUGAGAAAACGUUGGAGAAAACUGUGUCUUUUAUCUAAGGAACAUAAUCCUCCUGUUUUCUGAUAUUCUCCCAUGUUCUUUUAGUACUGAAAACUGGUUUGUAUAUUUCCUCCUUGUAUUUCCAGUGAGAUUGAUCCUCCACAACUGAAAUUUAUCCCUUUAAGCAUCUAUAAGUGUUUCCACCUCAUUAAAAGGAUCAACUCGAUGCCUUCGUCUUCUUCGAUUAGCAACAGCCUUUGCGACAGUGAAUUUUAAAAGAAUUCCUAUGUAAAGCUAUUCCCGCGCCAUUGGAAUUUAAAGAAUUUGGAUAUAGUUUAAUUGUUGAUUUUAAAUGAUAUCUCAAUUAUUUGGGCGAUUGUAACUAUUUAUUGUUGUUUUGAAUAUUUUUAUAUAUAUAUAUAUUAAAAUAUUAUUUAUUUAUUUUAAAAUUAGUUAAAUAAAAACUUAUACCCCCAGUUAAAUAAAAAACUAGCUCUACCACUGAUUGAACCUUGCAAGCCAGAUAUGUGUUGGAUCUUUUUCCGGAUAUAGCUUCUAUCUGAACAUCAGUCAUGUCAUCUUUCUCAUCGUUAGGGGUAUAUUUAGAAAGAGAAAAAUGAAAUAUAGGGCUUGGACCCCCAUUUUUAAAGGCCCACUUUUAAAAGGUUAUGUAGUUAAUUUUUUUAAAAACAUUUUACCAUUUCAUGUAAAGGAAAGAAGUGCAAACCAAAAAUGAAAAAAUGAUAAUAAUAAUAAAACAUAACUAAAGUAGGAGCUACAAUUAACAUAAAAAAGAAAAAAUAUUAUAUUUACAUAGACUUUUUAACUUUGUCUUUUCCUCUUUCUCCAUGACUCUUAAGCUUUUUCUCGUCUGUAAUAUUUGGGUUAGGCAUGGGCAUUCGAGGUCCCAAUCGGGUUUCGGUUUUGUCCAAUCAGGUCUCGGGUUUUCGGGUUUAUCAAAAUCAGUCUCAUUUGGGUUAUACAAAAAUUCGGUUCGGGACCGGUUCGGGUUCUUUGGGGUUCGGGUCGGGGUUAGUAAAUCUUCAAAGAACCGGUACAACCCGUUGUACUUUCGGGUUCGAGUCCCAAUCGGUUCUUUGGUUUAAAAGUACAUAAUUUGUAUUUACUUUGUAAUCAAAACAUAAGUAAAAUCAGUUCUUCGGUUUUAAAAUACAUGAUUUAUAUCUAUUUUGUAACCAAAACAUAAGUUAAAUCGAUUCAAAAAUAAGAAAAGAACAUCAAACGCGAUCAUUCAAAAUUAAACGAAAGGUAAUGAUAGAAAGAAAACCAAAUAAAAUAAAGCAUAAAACAAAAACUAAGUUCUCAUGAAAUGAAAAAUAUUAUUCAAUGAAAACAAAACCAAAAUCUAAAAACUUCAAGCUUCAACCACCAACUUCAACCAUCAACAUUAAUGUAAUAGAUAAUUACUUUAGAUGUUCAAUAAUUUCUUAGUGUGUUCUGAAUACAUAUUAGGAAUUAAGAUCAUGUUUGAUACAAGCUAUUUUGGGAGAUUUUGAAUUUUUUGGGUUCUAUCGAGUAUCCAUAUAGGUUCAGGUUCGGUUCGGAUAACACUCAUAACCCAAAAUACCACAAAACAAGAUCCAAUCGGUAUUUACGUCGUGUCGGAUCGGUUCGGAUUCAUUUUUAUCGAAUCGGGUUCGAUUUAUUUGCCCAGCUCUAAUUUGGGUAGGCCCCCAUUUUUUCUUGCUUAUGGCCUCAUUUAUUGCCGAGAUCCCCCUACUCACCGCCUUCCGGAACGCCUUUAAAAGUUGUUUUGCGACCUUUAAUCUUGAACAAGGAAAGCAAAUUAUAUCUGUCAUUGCUAAAGAUCCCUUAAUUUUAAGAAAACGUCAACCAGCUGAUCUAUAUACUAAAAGUAUCUGUUUACUAAAAAUUACAUGUUUACUAAUUAAUCACCAUCCCAAAAAUAACUAUUUGAAGUACAUCCAUUAUCUUCUAUAUAAGUACCAAUAACCUCUUCUUCAAAACCAAACAGAGCCGAUACCAAAUACAAUUAAAUAUAUAAACACAAAAUAAUUGAGCUCCUAGUCGGGGUUUCUCUUAUAAACUAUUUAUUUAUUUAAUUUGUUUGGAAAAUAAAAAUAAAUAGUAUGGGGAUGUCUGAAAGUAUCAAGGUUAUUGUCUCUCUCUUUCUUGUGGUGUUAUUGGCUCUUGCAGCAACCCAGACAGAGUCAAGAUACAUAAAUUAUCAUGCCCUUCAUGGAGAUCACAGUUUGAUUUGUGAUAAAGCGCACCCAAACACCUGCAAGAAGGAAGAAGCCAAUCCUUAUACCAGAGGAUGCGAGACAAUCGAUCGUUGUCGUGGUCAAUCUCUAGGCCCAAAAAUGUGAAUCGACCAAGUAGCGUACCACCCUUGGUUAAUUUUACAAAUGAUAUCUCCAUAUUAAUAUCAGAUGAUUAAUUUCAUUCAUUAUUUAUUUAUAAUCUGUAUUGGUUUGUAACUGAUUGUUACCCUAUCAUUUAUGAUAUAAAACAAAUAUAUUUAUGUUA